UGCUCUGCUCUGCUCUCCUCUCUCAUACUCAGCUGAUGGACACAGUGUGUUUAGUGUGAGAUCCACGAUCUAAGAGCUGCUGAGAGUGCCUUCAUUAACGCUCAGUUCUUUUAUUUUAUUACUAGAAUGUUUACUUUUUCCGAGCUCGUCGUCCUCCUCGGAAUUUUGUCCGCUACGGUGUCGGGCUACUUUGUUAGCAUAGAUGCUCACGCUGAGGAGUGCUUCUUCGAGCGGGUCAACUCAGGCACUAAGAUGAGUCUCAUGUUCGAGGUGGCUGAAGGAGGAUUUCUGGACAUUGAUGUCGAGAUAACUGGACCUGAUGGAAAACAAAUUUAUAAAGGGGAUCGUGAAUCCAGUGGGAAGUACUCCGUCGCUGCUCAUAUGGAUGGCACCUACAAGUUUUGCUUCAGCAACAGGAUGUCCACCAUGACUCCAAAAAUUGUGAUGUUCACCAUCGACAUUGGUGAAACUCCCAAGGGACAAGACAUGGAAACAGAGGCUCACCAGAAUAAGCUGGAGGAGAUGAUCAAUGAACUGGCUGUAGCCAUGACGGCUGUGAAGCAUGAACAGGAAUACAUGGAGGUCCGGGAAAGAAUACACAGAGCAAUUAAUGACAAUACCAACAGCAGAGUGGUGCUCUGGUCGUUCUUCGAAGCACUGGUGCUGGUUGCCAUGACCCUGGGACAGAUUUACUACCUUAAGAGAUUUUUUGAAGUACGGAGAGUUGUGUAGAACGUGCUUCCCUUUGGCGUCCUGCAGUGCUCUGCCAUCAAGACGGCCAUCCACUGCUCUAUGGAUUGGAGAUCCAGCCUCGAUGAAUUUUUAGAAACACUCUCAGUUUGUUGUGCACUUCCAUGUGUUUUAUCUCCCUCUACCUUGCUCUCAUACUUGCUUAGAUUUCAUUCGCUUCGGUUUGGAACGUUGCCACUGUUUCAGCUAUUUUUUUUCUUUUGUUAUAGUUCUUAUUUUGUAAAUGUUAUUUUUUUGACCAUUUAAAUUGCUAAUGGUGACUUGAGCAAGAUGUACACCUGUUGCUUGAUGAAUGUGUUUACUUUUUCUUCCCUAAUCUAGUCGUGUCCAAUUACCCUGAAUGUGUCCUCUAUACUGAUUCGACCCUUCACUGCUGACUGAGGACGCCUCUCAAAUGACAUAAGCCCCCUCCCACGUACAGUCAGUACAGACUGCAUUUUUCACCUGCACGAGUCGAGUUCAUACACCGACGGGCACUGUGUACGGAGGACCACACCCCCAUCAGCAUUAUUCCUCAGCCAUCAGUCAGCCAGCAGGGGCCGCAGUUGCACCAGUUACGAGGACCUAUGAUCCGACUUUUUACCCCUAACCCUGAACAACAGCCAAUCGUUGUUCAUGCUGCCGCCCAGCCCAGUCGGAAGGCAGAGCUGAGAUUCGAUACGAUGUAUUCGAAACCCCAACUCUGGUGCACUAGCGUAUCUUACCGCUGCGCCACCUGUGCGGCCCAGCCUGCCUGAUGAAUGUAAACGGAAUUUUAUGAUGUCAGUGUCAUAUUAAGAUUGAUUAAAAGCUUCAGGUGACCUCAAGUAAACAAUUUGGUAGCUAACUGGAGAUGAGAAACUAGUUUCAUUGGUCUGGUCAUUGUUGUGGGUUUUUUUUCCCUCUCCCUCUUUCUUUCCCUGCACAAAAUUGAAGUAUUUCUAAACAUGAUCAUGUCUCUGAUAUGACCGUUCGUAUUAAAAUUGCUUUAUCGUAUUUUAACUCGGAUUUCUCCUUUGGUUAGUUUGUUCAUUUGCAUUUCUGUUACUGGGAUGGGACUAUUUAUGUACUUUUGUACUAUGACAUGUCUAUGGACAUUUGUUCUUUAGCGUUUGCUAUGCAGAGAAAAUUGGUGAAGACUACUGCAGAUGUACAACACACGUGUACGACGAUUGUAAAGUAGGAUGUUUAUGUAAAUCAAAAUAAAUUGAUUUAAUAAAAACAUACUUUAAAAAA